UUGGAAUGAAUGGUGACGUCUGACGGAACUCAGCUACCAUUAUUCCCUUAAUGUUGGGGAGUAGGCAUGUGGCUGGUUCUUUUUGGGGGGAGGGGGGGACAGUGACUGUCAGCCCGCUCCUUUCCAGCCCAUCACCCGGACCAUUGUGCCGUUUUUCUUCAGUCAUCCACUGCAGGUGUGCCAAGUGUUUCUGUUACCCUACAAAGCGGAGAAUAAGGAGGAGACCCCGAAACCUAACCAUCCUGAGCCUCCCUGAAGAUGUGCUCUUUCAUAUCCUGAAAUGGCUCUCUGUCGGGGACAUCCUCGCCGUCCGAGCUGUGCAUUCUCACCUGAAGAACCUGGUGGACAGCCACGCCAGUGUGUGGGCGUGUGCCAGCUUCCAGGAGCUGUGGCCUUCUCCAAAGAACCUGAAGCUCUUUGAAAGGGCUGCCGAAAAGGGAAAUUUUGAAGCCGCUGUGAAGCUGGGGAUAGCCUACCUCUACAACGAAGGCCUUUCUGUGUCUGACGAAGCCCGUGCGGAAGUGAACGGCCUGAAGGCCUCUCGCUUCUUCAGUCUCGCCGAGCAACUGAAUGCGGGCAGCACGCCCUUCAUCUGGCUCUUCAUCCGCCCUCCGUGGUCGGUGUCUGGAAGCUGCUGCAAGGCUGUGGUUCACGAGAGCCUCAGGGCAGAGUGCCAGCUGCAGGGAGUGAGUCCCGGCGAGGAACACGCAUGGAGCCCGCAUGCCGGGCGGUCCGAGCCGCACAGGACUCACAGAGCAUCCAUACUGCACUGCCUGGGGAGAGUGCUGAGUCUCUUCGAGGAUGCAGAGCGGAAGCAGCAGGCCCGGGACCUGUUUGAAGAGUCUGCUCGCCAGGGCUGUCUGGCCAGCUCGUACCUCCUGUGGGAACGUGACAGGAGGACGGACAUGUCCGAUCCUGGACGAUGCCUCCACAGCUUCCGGAAACUCAGGGACUACGCUGCCAAAGGCUGCUGGGAAGCACAGCUGUCGUUAGCCAAAGCCUGUGCAAACGGGGGCCAGCUCGGACUGGAGGGGAAGGUCGCCGACGGGGUCGCGCGCCGGCUGUUCCAGGCCUCCCGUGCCGUCAGCAAGCAGCAGGUCUUCUCCGUGCAGAAGGGACUCAGCGACACGAUGAGGUACAUCCUGAUUGACUGGCUGGUGGAGGUCGCCACCAUGAAGGACUUCACGAGCCUGUGCCUGCACCUGACUGUGGAGUGCGUGGACCGGUACCUGCGGAGGAGGCUCGUGCCUCGGUACAGGCUCCAGCUGCUGGGCAUCGCCUGCAUGGUCAUCUGCACCCGGUUCAUCAGCAGAGAGAUCCUGACGAUCCGAGAGGCAGUUUGGCUCACGGACAACACCUACAAGUAUGAAGACCUGGUGAGGAUGAUGGGAGAGAUCAUCUCUGCCCUGGAAGGGAGGAUUCGAGUCCCCACUGUGGUUGAUUACAAGGACGUCCUGCUGACGCUGGUCCCUGAGGCCCCAAGAACCCAACAUCUGUGUGGCUUCCUGUGUGAGCUGUCCCUGCUGCACACCAGCCUGGCCGCCUAUGCUCCGGCCUGUCUGGCCGCGGCCGCCCUGCUGCUCGCGCGGCUGACCCACGGACAGACACAGCCCUGGACCACAAGGUUGUGGGACAUCACCGGAUUCUCUUGUGAAGACCUCAUACCCUGUGUCUUGAGCCUUCAUCAGAAGUGCUUCCACGACGACGCCCCCAAGGACUACAGGCAAGUCUCUCUGACCGCCGUGAAGCAGCGAUUCGAGGACAAGCGCUACGAAGAGAUCAGCCGGGAAGAGGUGCUGAGCUACGGGCAGCUGUGCGCAGCUCUGGGCGUGAAGCAAGGCAGCCCAGAGCCCACGUCCUUCCUCAGCGCGGGGGACAUUCACGCCUUCCUCAGCUCUCCGUCGGGAAGAAGAACCAAGCGGAAGCGGGAGAACAGCCUCCAGGAGGACAGGGGCAGCUUCGUCACCACGCCCACCGCGGAGCUGUCCAGCCAGGAGGAGGUGCUGCUGGGCAGCUUCCUGGACUGGAGCCUGGACUACUGCUCGGGCUACGAGGGUGACCAGGAGAGCGAGGGCGAGAAGGACGGUGACGUGACAGCACCCAGCGGCAUCCUCGACGUCACCGUGGUCUAUCUAAACCCAGAGCAGCACUGCUGCCAGGAAUCAAGCGACGAGGAGGCCUGCCCGGAGGCCGGUGGUCGCCAGGAUGUGCGCGCCUACGUACCAGGCACCCAGACACCUCCGAGCCCGGGGCCCCAGCCUCUGCUCCACGGCAGGAGGGAGCCAGGCAAGGACAGUGUGACCUCGGGGUACUCCUCCAUCUGCAGCGUGAGUCCCACAGACUCGGUGGACGGGGUCUCGGGGGCCUCCCCCCGCUCUACCUCAGUGCCUUCCCCGGGCAGUGACUCAGGCACACAGCCUUGCCACCAGCAUGCCAAGAAGCCAUGUUUACAGUGUCACUCUCCAAGCCCCCUGGAGAGCAGCACCCCCCAGCGACAGGUAAAGAGGAAAAACCUAUCUGCCCACAGCGAGGAGGAGGAAGAGGAGGAUGAGGACGAGGAGAGGGGCCUGAGCCCUGCUUGCUGAGGCCGUGAGUGCCCGCACUUGCUGCGGGCAACGUUUGCUUGGGGGGGG